UAUAGUAACGUAAUACUGACAACGUAACAACAAAUAACCUAUAUACGGCUAUUACAGGUCAAGUUAUUGUGCCAAGAUUCGUUCCGCCCUAUCGAUCCAUAUUCCGCGCAGAUUUUCAGCGCAGACCUUAGGGGUCCUCCCACAAAACCGAUUCACACAGAGCGUCUCUUAAGAGAAAAGCCAUUUUAAAAUGGCUAAAAUCCAAUAAUACUUAGAAAAACGCCAGAAAGUGGCAUCAGUGCAAUAAAAUCCAAGAAUCGGAAACCAUUAAACUCAAAAUGGCUGUUAUUGAAAAGCUAAUUUAGUAUGUAAAAGUAAUUUUAAUCGUGAUAGUGUAAAGAAGUCUUCCAAAUUAGAUUUUAAAAUUAUAAUUAAUGUAGUAUAAAGUGUUAUUUAUAUCGACGUCUUCCAGAAAGUCAAUUUUAAAAAUAAAUAAACGCAAAUUAUAGUAAAAGUAAAUCGCGGUUGUAAGUAGCAAAGAUGAUGAACUUAGGCCGUAUAAAGAUGCCUCCAUUGAAAAACGUCCUAGACGUGGCGAUGCAGACAGUAAGACAGCAGAUACCAGACAAGCCAGGACAAUCAUCGCGACCCCCGCAGAAUGUGAGAUUCGCAAACCUUGACAUGGGUGAGAGCUGCGAGCUAUCGACUAUGAACGAGACCACAUCCCCAACGUACCAGUCUACGAACCCCACCAACCCUUUCCUCAGCGGGGAGUUGCAAGCCGAGGAUUCCUUCACCAGCUAUCAAAACACUUAUCCACAACAAGAUGGUGCACCAAGGACUCAAAGCAUGCAAAGCGUAGAUUUCUAUGCGUCUUCCGAAGAAGGGGGUUUCGAAGAGGGCGGUGGCAAACCAGGUGCGAAGAUCAACGAAUAUCAAGCGGCCUGGAAUGUUACUAACGCUAUUCAAGGCAUGUUUGUGGUGUCACUGCCUUUCGCUGUACUCCAAGGGGGCUACUGGGCCAUUGCUGCUAUGAUCGGUAUCGCACACAUCUGCUGUUACACCGGGAAGAUCUUAGUCGAAUGCCUCUACGAAGACGAUCCUGUAUCCGGGCAACGCGUUAGAGUCCGGGAUUCCUACGUCUCGAUCGCUAAAGAGUGUUUCGGUAGGAAAUAUGGCGCAAGAGUUGUUAAUAUAGCUCAAAUUAUUGAACUUCUCAUGACUUGUAUCCUUUACGUUGUUGUGUGUGGUGAUUUGAUGAUUGGGACUUUCCCUGAUGGUUCUAUUGAUACACGUUCUUGGAUGAUGUUAACAGGGAUAUUUCUUCUUCCUCUGGCCUUUUUAAAAUCCUUGAAAAGCGUCAGCAUGCUAUCAUUCUGGUGUACCAUGAGCCAUUUAAUUAUAAACGCGAUUGUACUCGGGUACUGCAUCCUUAAUAUUGGCGACUGGGGCUGGUCGAAAGUCAAAUGGAAUUUGGAUUUCGAGAAUUUUCCAAUCAGUCUGGGUGUUAUCGUAUUCUCGUACACUUCUCAAAUCUUCUUACCUACGUUAGAAGGUAACUUGGAGGAUCGUUCUAAAUUUGAAUGGAUGCUUAAUUGGUCGCACAUCGCAGCAGCCGCUUUCAAAUCGAUCUUCGGAUAUUUAUGCUUUUUGACUUUCCAAAACGAUACCCAACAAGUGAUAACGAACAAUCUUCGUUCUGCAGGUUUCAAAGGACUUGUGAACUUCUUUCUUGUUAUAAAAGCCGUGCUUAGUUACCCUUUACCUUACUACGCUGCCUGUGAUUUGCUGGAACGUGCUCUGUUUCGUGGUAAACCUAAAACGCUGUUUCCUACGAUUUACGCUCUGGAUGGUGAGUUGAAAGUUUGGGGUCUAGCUUGGCGAUUGGGAGUUAUAAUAUUUACUGUUUUGAUGGCGAUUUUUAUUCCACAUUUCGCGAUAUUGAUGGGUUUCAUCGGUAGCUUUACUGGUACCAUGCUGAGUUUCAUAUGGCCAGCAUAUUUCCAUCUUAAAUUGAAGGGCAACCAACUCGAAAGUACUACUAUCGCUUAUGAUUAUUUCAUAAUCGGUUUAGGCGUUCUUUUUGGUAUCAUCGGCAUGUAUGAUUCCGGUUCCGCUCUGGUGAAAGCGUUCAAGAUAGGCUUACCCUUCUAAAUCCAAUUCUCAUAUAGUUUUAGAUUGUUGAAAUAUUUCUAGACACAGCAUAUUCUUUUUUAUUGUCGUUCAAAGUUGAUAUUGUCUAGUCGAAUGUGAUUUAAUGUUUUUAUCUUAGCUUAGAUUUAUAAGAGAAUGACAAUAACUGUUUUACUUGAUAUUUGAUGUCUUCCAAUUUAUAGCUGUAUGUAUAUAAACUUAGAAUUAACAUUAUACACUUUAAUUAUUAAUAAUCCAAUGUCUUCCAAGUCGGUGUUAGAUGUAAUUUCCA